AUGCAUGCAUCCAUGCAUCUGGAUGUAGCUGUUGACAUUCUCAAGAAGGCUGAAACCUCCCUUGUUAGCUACAGAGACACUGGGUUUGCUGAUGCCCAGACAUCUGCCAAAGAGAUAUGUGAGGAGAUGAAUGUGGAAGCUGCUCUAAAGCAGAAAAGACUCAGAACUACUAAAAGGCAGUUUUCCUAUGAGGCCCCUGAUGAACCUAUUACCGAUGCCUUGAAAAAAAUGGAGUUUUCAUUUUUCAAUGUAGUUGUGGAUAUGGCCAUUGAAUCUCUCAGAGAGAAAACUGGAAUGAUGAGUGAUGUUGCAAAGAAAUUCAGUGUUCUCAUAAACUUCUCUGACCUGACAUCUAGUGAGCUAGAAAAGCAGGCAAAAGAUUUGUGUAAUACACUCACAUCUGGGGAUCAUUCUGAUUUAAAUUAUGAUGAACUGAUUGUUCCCUAG